AUGCUGCUGGCCUGCUCCCGGCGCCGCAGCGGCACCAAGCUGAAGGUUGUGGUGUUUGGCAAGAAGGCCGGCGGCGGCGGAGCAGCGGCUGGUGCAGCUCCUGCCACGCAGCGCCCCUCGUCCGGUCAUGCUGCAAAGAAGGCCAUAACCCCACAGGCACCGGCUGCCAGCAAACCAGCAGCGCAGGGGACCAUCAAAGGCAGCAGCAAGGCCCCGGCAGCAAAGCAGCAGGCCCAGCAGGCGUCCAGAGCGGUGCCACCGGCGCCAGCAGCCGCGGCCAAGGCGUCACCAGGCAGUGGGUUCCAGCACCUGCCAGGAGCCUCCCGGCUGGCCAAGGCGGCCCCCGCGCCCGCGCCUGCAGCGGUGCCUGCCGACGUUCUCGCCAUGUUUCAGGCCGAGCCAGCGGCGACAGGAGUGGCAGAGGUCGCACCCGCAGCGGCGGCGCCAGCCGCGGCUGCCGCCGCCGCCAAGUUCUCUUCCUCUCUGCGCAGCAAGAUGGCCAAGCUGCAGCAGCAGCAGAAGAAGAAGGACAGUGCUGCGGCGGAAGCAGCGGCCCCGGCGCCACCCGCUGCGCCUGCAGAGCCAGCUGAGGAGGCAGCACCGGAGGGCGAGGAGCUGGACGGCGGCCAGUAUGUGGGGCAGGCAAUUAAGAAGCGCUUUGGCAGCCGCUUCUUUCAAGGCAGCGUGCUGCGGUACGAGCGGGACGAGAGCGGCGGCGCCGAGGACUGGUGGCUCGUCAAGUAUGAUGAUUCGGAUGAGGAGCAUGUCGACUUUGCUGAGCUGGAAAGAAUCCUGGUGGUCAAGCCCAGCAAGCGGCGGCAGCAGCAGCAGCAGCAGCCAUCGCAUCAGGCCCCACGCCGGGCUGCAGCGCUGCCACGAGGGGAGGCGCGGCAGGGCUCGUCAGCGCUGGUGUCGCAUCACACCGAGCUGGCGCCAGCUGGCGGCGGCGCCGCAGCCGCAGCAGCAGAGGACACCGCCGCGACAUCCGAGCCCGGGCGCCUCACGGCCACAGCCAAGGCGGGGUCGGCGGCAGCAGCAGGGGCGCCGGUUACCGCUGGGCGGCGGGCUGGCAAGGGCGGCCGCAUGAGCGGCAUUCUGCAGCACCAGCAGCAGCAGUCCCAGCCUCCUGCCCAGAAGGUCCCAGCCGCAGACAGCCCCAGCCCGCCGGCCCAGCCGUCGCCUGCAGCCUCACCUGACGAAGCACAGCCAGGCUCGGCAGCAGGGUCGCCGCCAGAGAGGGCAGGCCCGCCCAGCAGGGUCGGCAGCGGCGGCCAGGCUGCCGCCACUGGCGGCGGAUUGGCAGGCAAAAGGCUACGUGCGGCGCUACUGAAGCGGCGGCGGGAGGUGGAGGAGGAGGAGGAGGAGGAGCAGGGUAAUGAGGACAGCAGCUUGGCCGAAGCGCCCUCUCCUCAGGCUCGGGAGGAGGAGCAGAGCGAUGAGGAGGUGGAGGAGGCUGAGGAGGAAAGCAGCGAUGAUGAGGAGGAGGCUGAGGGGGAGAGCGAUGAGGAGGAGGGCAGUGAUCCCGACUUUGAAAUGGAGGAGGAAGAUCUGCUGCCUGAGGAGGUGGAGGAGCAACGCCACUUCCACGCCCUGUCUGGCGGCAGCUCCGGCGCCGGCAGCGACCCGCGCGCGGCCCCACUCGGCCGGCGCCGCAGCACCGCCGCGGCCGCCGCCGCUGGCGCUGCGGCCGCUCCUGGCCGCGGCGCGCAGGUGAAGCAGGAGCCGGGGACGCGGCAGGCGCGGCGGCGCGGCGGUAUGGGCGGUACGGGAGGUACCAGCGGCUCUUUGGACGAUGUCAUCGACCUGCUGUCCGACAGCGAGGACGUGCAGCCCGCUGCCGCGCGCGGGCAGCAGCAGCAGCAGCUGGCGCCGCGCACCAAGGCCGCGCCGCGCGGCGGGCCGCGCACGCUGCGCCUGAGCUUCCGCUCCGCGGGGGGGCCGGAGGGCGCGCCAGGCGCCGCCGCCGAGCAGCGCCUGGCAGUGCUGCGCAUCCGCAGCCACAGGCUGCUGCAGGACGCAAUGGUGGAGGUGGCGGCGGCGUGCCUGGCGGGUGGCGGCGAGGAGAGUGUGGACCGCCUCACCUUUUGGUUGGGCACGAUGCAGCUGAGGCCAGAGCAGACGCCUCGCGCUGCGCGCUUGCACGACGGCGACUGCAUCGACGUGCGCCUCGCGUGA